UGUGAAAUUGCUACUGCUAGAACGAAUCCGGCUUACUUUUGUGUUCUUGUUGGCUUAACUCUAAAGGUCAUGUUUACUGUACUUAUGUUGACCGCGCAGCCGUUCUUUGCUUCCUUACUACGGCGGAACGGUCCGGAUGGGAUUCGAUACCAGGUUCUGUCGUGUGGAACCGGCCUCGUUUAUUGCAUACACCACCGGGCAGCCCAUCUGUCGGAUAUAUAGCGGAAAAUAGCUUAAUAUGUUUACAUAUUGCACAAGAAUGAGGCAGCCAAUAGGAAUGCACACUAAUUUCUGUUCUUUUCAAAGUCCCUCCAAAUAGAUCAUCUUCAUUAACACAAAUUUCACACAUAUAUAACUAUACAUGUUCACUAUUGCAGCACAUACAUCUUGAAAACGCCGUAAACAUAAAACUACUGCUACUUGAACUCAAUUCGGAUGCUCGCGAACGAUCAAUGACACCCAACAGAUAUGAAGGAGAUCUUGGAAUUCGCAGAUCCUUUAAAUUUGUAAAGGAUUUUUAAAUCCUCAAAAUUGGAGCUCCCGGAUUCCUCCUGGAAAUGGAUUGUUUCAAACUUGAACCAAAGCUAGGAGAUUACCUGUAAAUAAAUCUCGACAUUAUGCCCACAUCACAUCACACUGUGUGCGUGUUGCAGCUGAAGGGCUUUUCAACACCGAAAGGCCUUUUGCGCAGCUGUUUUUGACACACGGCUCUCUGAUGCAUAACAAUAACAAACCAAAUUCCCGUGCAGUGAAAAUACAAAAUUCUUUUGUGUGAAGACGGCUUAAAAUUUUAAAGCAUAUUGUCGCCUCAAAUGUCCACCUAACUUGUGCUCGGUGAUGUUCGAUUUGUUCGGUUUCAUAAGAGAACUGAUCGGCAGCAUGUUGGCGAUAUUUUCCUUCGGCAAAAAGAAGCUCUCCAAUUCGCUGAGCGUGUACGUGAAGACAAAUACCGGCAAUACGCUGUCCGUCGAUCUGCAGCCGCACAUGGAAAUUAAGGACGUGAAGGAAAUGGUAGCACCACGUCUCGGACUUGAACCGCAAGAGCUUAAGAUCAUUUUCGCUGGCCGAGAACUUUCCGAUACGACCACGAUUAGUGAAUGUGACCUAGGCCAACAAUCAAUUAUACACGUCGUGAAAAGUCGACCCAUCUCGGCACUGCAGAAAAAAGCAGCAAAAUCAAAGCUAAACGGAACUAUUGCGGAGGAACCCUCACCCGAUGAACAGCAGAAUAAGCCACUGUCGGAGACAAUGUCCGAGCUGACGGUGUUAGAUGAACGGAAUGGGUCCACUGCAGCAGUACGAACAAAGGCACAUUUUUUCGUGUACUGUUCGCAGUGUGAGAAGGUCUGCACCGGGAAGCUACGGGUGCGGUGUGGAAUCUGUGGCAGUGGUGCAUUCACCGUUCAUCGGGACCCUACCUGUUGGGACGAUGUAUUGAAAAGAAAGCGAAUUACUGGCCAUUGUGAAAACUAUGAGAUUCCUUGUGUGGAAAACGAUGAAGGUGAGCCACCCUUCACGGAGUUCUACUUUAAGUGUGCCGAACACUCGUCGGGCGGGGAGAAAGAUUUUGCGGCCCCACUCAAUCUGAUCAAAACGAACCACAAAAGUAUUCCUUGCAUUGCCUGUACCGAUGUGAGUGAAACGAUUUUAGUCUUCCCGUGUGUGGCUGGCCACGUGUCUUGUUUGGACUGCUUUAGCCAAUACUGUGUUACCCGGUUGCUGGAGCGCCAGUUCGUAGAGCAUCCAACAGGUGGUUACACGUUGCAAUGUCCGGCUGGAUGUGAAGCUUCCUUCAUCGAGGAUGUGCACCACUUUAAGCUGCUGAACAAAGAGCAGUACGAUCGGUACCAAAGAUUCGCCACGGAGGAGUUUGUGUUGAAGAAUGGUGGAGUGCUCUGUCCACAGCCGGGUUGUGGUAUGGGGUUACUGGUGGAUCCAGAAUGUCGCCGUAUCCAGUGCCAGAAUGGUUGUGGGUACGUUUUCUGUCGUAGCUGCCUACAAGGCUACCAUAUUGGAGAGUGCUUCGAAACGCCGACACCGUCAACGCCCGGCAACGAGCAAGGAUAUGCGAUUGAUCCACUGCGUGCUUCGGAAGCGCGUUGGGACGAGGCAACAAAGAUUGCGAUCAAGGUGACAACGAAACCGUGCCCCCAGUGCCGCACGGCAACGGAGCGUGAUGGUGGCUGCAUGCACAUGGUUUGCACACGAUCGGGCUGUGGCUUCGAAUGGUGUUGGGUAUGCCAAACACCUUGGACGCGUGACUGUAUGGCUGCACAUUGGUUUGGAUAAGCGAUUGACUGUGUAUGUUGCAAAUGUGGGAUCGAAAUAAACGAAUUGUUGUAUAUUGCUGUUAUGAAA